GGCCAACUAAUUCAAACUUCCUUUUCUGCCACACUUAUUUCAGUAUCAAACGUCAUCACACUUAUCGAGGGAGGUGCAGCAACUACUUCUGGUUGUGCUCUUUCUACAAUAACCGGCAUUCCUCUCAUCCGUCUCCAUGGCAACAAUGGACCCCUGGACCAAUGUGAAAAUACAAUCCAGAUGUCAGCAGGAUACAAAGAUUAUGCGUAUGCCACACUAGACAUACUAAAAAUCUACGAGUGGAAAAAUAUUGUUCUUGUUUAUGAGGGUAAAUUUGGUCAAUUCCAUGGCUUUAAUAUGGUUAUUCUUCAGCUCCUUUCAGUGUUAUACAAAUAACAUCUGGGUACUUUUGACACAUUCGAAGCGUGUUUACAAUGAAAUCUAACUAUAACUUAGCUUUAUUUGAAAGUAAUCAUCGAAAACUUUGCAUUUGAGGCCCGCAAACAAAUUUGUUUCCCCCCUUCUGUUGAGUCUUUUAAUAGUCUUAUUGCACUGUUAGGUGUGAAAUUUGUGGAUUUUAAUGCUUAUUGUAUGUUAUUGUUUAGAGCGUCGAGUGCACGAGGCUGGACAUUUUCUAACUGUUUCACAGAAAUUACCGCUGAUCAUUAAUUUAGUUCAGUUUUCUGGGCGCGACAAAAAUAAAGAACUGACUGAACCGGCACACAGAGUGAUAGAAAAAAUACAGAAAUUUGAUGCCGAAGUUAUUAUACUCUACCUGGGAAAGAAAAACAUCGAGCUAUUGCUGCAACAGGUAAUAAUUAUUUUAGUUUUUAUUAAGUCUUCUUUGUUUCAUUGACGUAAAUUUCAUGGAAUCUAAGUUUGAAUCCGUCUCUCAUUUUAUGUCAGAGGCCUUGUCAACACGAAAAGACAUAUAUAUGGAUCAUUCAAGAACAGGUUUGAUAUUGGAACUUGCUAUAAACAUUUCAAUUUUACCAUCAGACCAUUAUUACUGACAAAAGUUCACAUGGCUGACGGGUAGACCGAAAAUCGAUUUGGACAGUAUAGCUAAUCCAACUUCUCUCGCCUAUAAUAUUCCAAGGCCUGCAGCCUAUUACAACUCGGGAAUUCACCUAGACAGUAUUUCCACUAAAUUUAGAAACUGCGUGGGAGAUACUAGCCUUCAUUAGCGAACUACGUUCAGUACUUAAUUCAUUACUUCGACAGAUUCCCUUGAAUUUCACCUGGUACCAAAAUGUGGUGAUAGCUUUAAAAUUACCGCAUGCUGAGGCUUCACUCGUAGAUGAAAUGAAACAUGAUGUUGGAGACAAUUUUUCAGAUUUUAUUAACAAGGUAAGCUUUCUUGGUUAGGAAAGAUUUAUGUUUUUGUUUUUAUUUGUUUGUUUGGUUUUCCCUGCGCUAUUUCGCUGCCACGCUUCCAUUUCCUUCUAACUGAGAUGCAAAGGUAUCUAAUCAAUUCAGAACCACACUCUUUAAGACAAUUGCUGUUAGAGCCAUGAUGUCUUCCACAUAGUUUGCUGUCACUGUUACCAGCAACAGACCAUUUCAAAACUUCUCUUUCUUUAUCGGACUCUAUUAUUAACUGCAAGUGUCAAGGUUAAACCGCAUACUCUAAGUAAUUAUCAGUUUUUUGGACAACGAUCUCAUAUUUGGAAGCAGCAUUAUAAUGUCUCGACGUAAGAGUGAAGCACUAUCCUUAUCCUUUCACUGUGAUAUUCUAAGGACAUUCAUUUUUGUUAUUACCUCAGGAAUUAGUUGCCAUCAGUCAUGACGCUGUCCAUAUCAUCCAGGAAGCAGUGAACACGGAGUCUUGUUCGUCGAUAAAUGGGUCUGACAUUCGUCUGGAAGAUAGGAACACAAUGUUAACAUGCAUGAGAAAGGUGAGCAUGUUUUUCUUACGUAAUCAUUCUCAUUUAAUUCUCAAAUUAUAUCCACUAGAGAGUAAAAGAACUCUUUUUGAAAAGUUCUUCUUUAAAUCUGGGUGCUUAGACCUCUUCUUGGUAGUUGCAAUUUUGGCGCUUAUUUUUAUUUCCGGUUGAAAAUGAAAUCUAAGAAUCUUAUUACCCUAAACCAAAUGCGUGCGUAAAGCUGAAUCAUGUUCACAUUUCUCCGAAUGAAACAGGUUGUUCUUCGUGGUGUGACUGGACUUCUUCAAUUUACUGAGCGUGGGGAGCGGGAAAGAAUUGAACUGGAAAUCUUAAAUCUUCAAAACAAUUACUUUAAGAGGGUGAGUGUCUUUUAUCUACCUUACAACUUAACUUCAUAAGUGUUUCGAUUUAUGAAUCCUUCAAUUCUCAGGAAAGCUACUGUAGCAGCUAGAAUUUGCAUUUCUAUUUAUUGUCAAGAAACUGCGAAAGAAUUCAUUUUGUUUUUUAUUCUACUUGCAACUAUUGUAAUGCUUUUGCGUGAAGUUAUGUAAGAAUUUCGUAACGCUAGUAGCCGUUUAUUACUCGCCCGAAUGCGUUCUGGUUUCAUUAUGGUUUCAUAAUUAUAAAAUGGUUUCAUAAUCCUUGUUGUUAGUUGAUUUCAACUAUCUCAGCCAUGUUUGCUGUUUUUUGCUUGUGCGAUGUUACUUUUAGCUAAGUAUUUCACUUCCGGACCUGGUUACGCAUCUUUACAUCUAAAUACAUGUCCAACGUAUGGUAUUUAUCUACACCUACCGUACUCCAGAACAUUGAACAUCCUAUUCAAAGUAGGUGACAUUAUAAAGCAAAAUCUAUUUUGUAGGUUGGUACGUGGAAUUCAACCAAAGGUGCUGUUAUCACUAGAAACAUCAAACGCAACAUGGAUAGCCCUUCAUCAAAAAAAACUUUGGAGGAAAGAAAGCUUCGAGUCGUUGUCUUAUUGGUAAUGAGCCUCAAACUCAGAUAUCUGUACCUAUGAGGGAUUAGUCCAGGAAUAUUUUACUAUAAUGGCCAAAAUUUGCCCAUAAAUACUCAAAAUUAUAGUCCAUGAUUUUCAUGGGUGCGUAGGUAUUUGGCAUUCUUUAUGAAUAAGGUGGAAAAUCGAUGGCUUGCAAAAUUGACUGUAUCAGAGGGAGAUGGAGGGUAUUUCUUUAACUCGAAAUAUUUAUUAAUUUUUUUCAUUUUCCGUCUGUGUUUCUUGAAAUUGUUUAUUUAUUCAAGUAUUUUUUGUACCACAAAAAGUGUCUUCAUAUUGCUUGUCACGUAUUGUUAUGAAUUUCCAUUCCUUCUGAAUUAAAGCGGAUAACACUUCGUUGUACCAGAGGGAGGUUAAAAAAGAUCUUUUCUUGAGGUCCCUUGGAAAGAUUAAGGCGCUCAAACAGAAAAAAAAUUAAACCACACAAACUUAUAAUCCAUAGGCAGUCUAUUCGCCUUGAAAACGUGUUGAUUUGAAGCCUAAUUAUUCCUAUGAUUAUGUAAUUGAAUUUUCAUCAUCAUCCGCAACAAGUUGCGUUACCAAUUCAAAAAACGAUUAUCGUUUAACUCUUUAAGUACCAGGUCUGAUGGUGAUCUGAUGGUCAAUUCUCCCCUCCAGCUACUACCUAUUUCCUUUUAAAGUAAUUACAAGAAUUUGGUGUUAGAUAAAGACAACAACUUCUAUUUGAUGUGUUUCAGUAUUCUCAUUACUUGUUUGCUGGAUAAUGUAUAAAUAUUGCAGGGAGAACUUAGAUUUUAAUCACUUGUGGGAGUUAAGGGUCAAUUGUUUUGCCAUCAGGAAAGUCCCUACGUUGAGGAAAGGAGAAAGGAAGAUGGCGGAUUAUUUUAUGAAGGAUACUGCAUUGAUUUUCUUAAUGAGCUUGCAAGAAAUCUCAAAUUUACCUUUGAGAUCUACACCGCGCCUGACGGGAAAUAUGGCGCUGAAAUGGAGGAUGGAACUUGGAAUGGGGUUAUUGGUGAGAUUGUAAACGAGGUAUGCUCAAGAAUUUCUCAUCAAAUUAACUUCUCUGAAAGGUCAUAUCAUCGGAAAGCAAACACACUAGCCAAAAUCAGGAAUUGAAAAGCUUAAGUGAAAUGGUAUCGAAAAUUGUCCUUGGUAAAAAGCUGAAUAACAAACUCUGGGUAGGAAAGAAAUCGGUCCGAUUUCCUGACAAUUCGCCUCAACCAAUUACAUCCAUGCACUCAAGCAGGGUUAUGGCAGCAACUGUUGAUUUGGACCUGCUAUAACAACAAUAUAUUGGCCUUUUGAUUGAAAUUUUCCUGCUGAAAACCUUACUGUAUUAUUUUACGUAAAUGUGGGUGCGAUAUUACACAGAGUACAAAGAUGUAAAUUUGAAAAACGAUCUUUGCGAGCUAUGGAGUUUCUUUGGGAGAGAGAUACAACUAUAAAUACAGUAAUAUAAAUCAAAUUAAUAGGCUGUUCUUUUCUUACCUAAAAGCGAGCAGAUAUGGCCCUUACCGCCCUCACUAUUACUGAAAGGCGAGAGGAGGUCGUGGAUUUCAGUGUCCCCUUUAUGCACUACACAUCAGAUAUAUUGCUGAAGAAAGCAUCGUCCGAAGACAAAUACGAACUUUUGCAGUUCAUGAAUCCGUUUGAUAAUCAAGUUUGGUUCGCUAAUUUAGCCACCUUGGUUAUCAGCUCUGUUGCUGUGUUUGUAAUAAACUACUACAGUCCUUAUGGAUAUAAAGAUGAUAAUGGAAGAGGGACAUCAAAGGAAUUCAGCUUUUUCAACAGUGUGUGGUUUGCUUUAGCUUGUAUGCUACAACAGGGAGGAGAUAACACACCAAAAAGCCUAUCAGGUGGAGUAGAAAUUAAUCAGAUACCCAAGUGAUAACUGAGAAGUGAUGGUAUUCUCGCUCUACCUAUCACUGUUUCGUCACUUUAAAAUUACCUGUAUUUUUUUUUUUAUGUACCCGGCCACAGUGCCUAAGCAAAGGCUAGAAAAGAUUUUCGUAUUAUCUAUAUACCUCUAUAAGAGAAGCGGUAGAGUGAGGCAGACUGGUUUUAAAUCCAUAAAUUACACAAUGGUUUAAACCAGUGCCUUCCUAAAAUCCACACAUUAUAAUCGAAGCCUAACAAUUUUACCUCAAAUAUUUCCUAGGCCGCAUACUUACUGGUUGCUACUGGUUCUGCGUACUGAUCUGUAUCUCAACAUACACUGCUAAUCUGGCAGCAUUUUUUACGGUGAAGAACGCGGUGCAUCCCAUUAAUAACCUUGGAGAACUCACGGAAUCAUCUUACUCUAUAUCAGUGCUUAGCUCAUCCAGUACGUCAGAGUUUUUCAAGACUAGUGACUACGAAACAUACAAAAAGAUCUGGCGUAAAAUUGAAUUGGACGGAACACUGGUUCAAACCAUUGCACAGGGUGUUCAAUGGGUGAGAGAAAAAGAAGACUUCGCUCUGAUAACUGACGGGCCUUAUCUAAGGAAGAUUGUUAGCAAGCCACCGUGUGACCUGGAAGUAGGUAAAUACUGAAUUAACAGUCGGCAGUUUUAUAGAGACUUUGUGAGUACGUUUAGUAAUAAUUCCUGUGCCAUUCUAUAUCUGAAGUUGAUUUUAAGUUACUGUUUGUAAAUGACCACAAAAUCAACACUAAAAUGGUUAAUGAAACAAAAAUUAGCCGCACCAAAACAUUGUGCGAGGGAUUUUAUGAUUUCAAACAAUCUUCCGCCUAUAACUUUUUACUCUGAUUGGCCUGACAAAAAACUCUGCACAUCCGACCCAAUACAUUUAUUUAACUCAUUGCAGCUAUAUCACUUGUAAAAGCAUCUGAUUUUUCCCCUCAGUACCAGGUUUAGGCACAGCUAAAGGAUAUGCACUGGCCUUCCACGACAACGAUCCUCAUGUGCAUAACUUCAGUCUGACCAUAUUGCGUUUACACGAAAACGAUUUCCUUGCCAGCUUGGAACGGAAAUGGUGGGAGAGCAAAAGUAGCUGCUCAGUUAAAGAAGAAACAUGUACGAUAUGUCAGUUUGAUAAGACUUUCGUUUCCCACUGGAGUUUCCAGUAAUUGUGGUCCAAAACUCCUCUUCUGCUUGUCUCUGCUAGUUUCGUUAUAGCAUUGAAUUAGGUGGACAACAAUCAUUUUAACAUUUAAUGAAGGUCCUCAAUUUCCAAAAUGUGAUUCAUUUAAUUGUAAUCUCCAUCCUAAUCAAAGAGGAAAGUUUCGCCAAAUUGAUUGACUUCACAAAUUAGCACAAGAAGAUAGUCCUUAGUGUUAUAGAACAGGAUUCUCUUAAAGUGGUUUGAGCCCUUCAGUUGUAAAUGGUUCACGUACAGAAUCGAUACCUCGCAACAAAAACCACAACAUUGCUGCACAUUAAGUUUUUAUGUCAAGGAAUCGGUAAAUCCUUAGGCAUAUGAAUGGAGGUGUACUAUACCUUUAUACAGUUUCGAGAAAACCGUGUCUUUCUUCCAUUUCUUAGCGUUGUCUCGCAAGCAAAUUGGUCUAAAUAGUAUGUUGGGUGUGUACUUGGUCCUGUUUGUUGGAAUGGUGGUUGCUUUCCUGACCUUACUGGCCGAAAUUUACUGGAAAAGAAAAGGUGAACAAGGU